AACUUAUUCCGAAGAAUUAGAAUUCUCUUAAACGAUGUGAAACAAACCCUAGAAGUCCGGUGGUUUUGCUCGUCGUUUCUGUUACUGUAAGCUUAGUUUAUGUUCAAUUUCUCUGGUAGAAUUCAUCUUCAGUUUUUUCAUGUUUGAAAUCAAAGAAAAUAAUUUUGAAUUGAAAAGCAAGAACAGCUUCUUCACUGGAUCUUGAAUUGACGACGAUCCAGCCGACAAUUUCAUCCGAAAUGAAAAUCGCCACUAUCACCCGCUUGAAUUUGAUUUCUUCAUGAUUCGCCACUAUCAUUCCUCUUUUUCUAAAAUUUCAUGAACAGAAAAAAAAAAAAAAAAACCUGGAAGUCCUCCUCCACCACCACACCGCCGGUCUCCCUCGCUCUCUAGUCUCCCUCACCAGACUGAGGCUAAGCCAGUGGCUGGCACUCUCACCUCGACGCUCGAUCAUUCUCUCUCUUUAACUCGACGGCGAGCUUUCCUUCCUGGUCUGAGGCGAGCAAGCGCGGCUAGUUCUCGACCACGAUCACACACGGAUCAGGUGCAGUGAUCUGGUAUUGUUCAAUUAAGACUAAUUGAAGCAAAAGUGGUUGAGAAAAUUCAAAUUAGAGAGAACAUACGAGCUUUCCUUGUCUCUUUCCACCAACACUACCAAGGUGAAGAUGAACUACUAAGAAUUACCCUAAUUGGGGUUUGAAUUCUCCAUUGCUGGAAGGAGCUCGUGCUUGCACCUACUUUCAGAUGCUUUUGAUCAUGAGGAUCAUCACUAACACCAAGUUGUGUCAUCACAGGUGAAGAUAGAAGGCUUGAAGUUUGUGAUGGGGUAAGUAUUGAUAACUGCAAAGGACACCCCCUAAAGAAUGUUUUCUGAGAGACUGACUGGAGAACAAUCACUUAGUCAGGAUUUUGAAUCACUGAGUGUGUCAAGACGACUUGUAAGAAGUGUUAGCCAAAAAUUGAGGAAGAAGAACCAUAGAAGUGCAUCAGAGGAAGAGGAUGCUGUCAAUGGGAUAUCUAUUAAAUGUCUAACUUUAUAUGGUAGAGGUGGUGGCUGCAAAGUAGGGGCUGACACAGGUGAUGAAUUUGGAGAUCCGAGUAGCAGGAGGAGGUCAAGUGCUAGUGAUGAAGGUAAAGGGUAUAAACUGAUAUGCGGUGCUGAGGAAACUGGUGUUGAUUGCUUCUCGUACAGUGUGAAAGAGAGAUUUUGGAAGAAACAUAACAGAAAGGAUUUUGAACUUGAAGAGUCAAUAAGAAACAGCAGAAUGCACAUAUUUCUUCCUGAUGAUAUAUUGGAAAUGUGUUUAGUGAGGCUCCCACUGGUCAGUCUCAUGACUGCACGACUUGUCUGCAAGAAAUGGAGACACUUAACUACGACUCGUCGAUUUCUGCAAAUGAGACAUGAAGGCUUUCAUCAGAAUCCAUGGUUGUUUUUGUUUGGUGCUGUAAAAGAUGGUUAUUGCUCUGGGGAGAUUCAUGCAUUGGAUGUGUCCCUUGAGCAGUGGUACAGGAUAGAUGCCAACAUUCUCAAAGGGAGGUUCAUGUUCUCUGUUGCCAGUAUCCAGGAUGAUAUUUAUAUUGUUGGAGGGUGUUCUAGCUUGUCAAACUUUGGCAAGGUGGAUAGGAGUUCAUUUAAGAUACAUAAAGGGGUAAUAUUUUUUAGUCCAUUGACUAAAUCGUGGCAUAAAGUUGCACCUAUGAAGCAUGCAAGAUCAUCACCUAUUUUGGGAUUUUAUGAGGUGAGUUCAGAUUUUUCUAAUGGUCAAAUGCAUCUAUGUAGGCAAGAUAGGCGUCCCAGAACACGGAUUGGUGGGGUCUCAGAUGUUUAUGAAGACCCCCAUAGGCUCUCUUUGAGACGUCAUAACAGAAAUUCAAUUGAAGAAAGUGAGGCUUCAUUAUUGCCCAAUAGAAAGUCAUACAAGUUUGCCAGACCAAAAAGUGAUCAAACAGGGACAAGAAGUUGCAAAAGGUUUGUUCUCAUUGUUGUGGGUGGUCAUGGAUCUUGGGAUGAACCCUUGGAUUCUGGAGAAAUAUAUGAUUCUCUGUCAAAUAAAUGGACAGAGAUUCAAAGAUUGCCAGUAGAUAUUGGGGUUGUUUGUUCUGGAGUUGUCUGCAAGGGGAUCUUUUAUGUUUAUUCCGAGACUGAUAAACUUGCGGGAUAUGAUAUAGAAAGGGGUUUUUGGAUUGGUAUCCAAACUACAUUCCCACCUCGAGUUCACGAGUACUACCCAAAACUUGUAACUAGCAAUGGUCGGUUGUUUAUGCUCUCAGUUUCUUGGUGUGAAGGGAAUGGUCAAAUAGGAAGGAGAAACAAGGCUGUUAGAAAACUCUGGGAGCUGGAUCUCUUGUGUCUUACCUGGACAGAGGUUUCAGUACAUCCUGAUGCUCCAAUGGAUUGGAAUGCCGUUUUUAUGGCUGAUAGAAAUCUAAUAUUUGGCAUUGAAAUGUUCAAAAUAUUCGGUCAAGUCUUGGAUUUUUUGACUGUAUGUGAUGUGUCAGAUAAGGAAAUGAUGUGGAAUCACAUAUCAAGGAAUCAUGUUACUCAUGAAUUUGAUGCUUCUUCGUGCAUGACUAAGUCCAUGGCCGUGCUACACUUGUAAAAUCCCUCUUUAUUAUUUCAACUCUCAUGCAAGGCAUCCUAAAUGUGCACGGUGCACCAACGACUCGCCAUUGUAUCUUGGUGACUAGCACACUACACUACCCGUGAACUUAAUUUCCUAAUAAAAAAAUUUCUUUUUAAUUGAAGGUACGUUUGCAUAUGUAAUGUUUAUAUCUAUUUAAAAUGUUUACCAAACAUUCAUUUUUAUUUUUAUUUAUAUCGUUUUUGUAUUUGAAGAUAUUCUUUCAUCU